AUGGGCACUGCAGGCUCCAGUUCCUCUGGACAACUAUAUGAUCCUUCCUGCUUUCGGAAAGUUCUGUGCCCAGAUCCCCUCUGCGAUGUGUGUAAUCAAGCUACUGCUAAGGUCAGUCGUCUGCUCAGUCAGACCAUCCCUGAAGAUGGUGCUUCAUCUGUGUGCAGUACGAUUGCCACAGCUUCUGUGACUGAGACCUCAUGUACUCUGCCCUCUUCCAUCUCACCAAUGCUUCCAGGGCAUCCCAUUCCACACCCUCUACCCAAUCCCCCUCCACAUUCUCCUUCUACUCUCUCAACUAAGGAGGUCACCCCUUUGGAAGGCAGACUUCUGAGUACACCACAAGGCAAAUGUCUGGCAUCAAAGUCUGCUACUGUCUUGAAAUUCCCACUGGACCAUAUCCCACCCCAUCCACUUGCCUCUUUCCCUCCUCCACCACAACUUCCUACUCAGGACACAGAACUGCUUCUCCAACCAGAAGCCACUCAGUCUCCGGUGGGAAGCCCUACUGAGUCAUUCACUACAGUCUCCACAAAGAAGACAAUGUGCAGUGCAACAUGCACAAGAGCAGAACUCACCCAGAAACAGACUGACGCCGACAAACUGUCCCGAUCAGAGUCGAAACACAAGAUUGACCAAGAGCUUCUUAACGUACAUUCUUCUGAAGCCUAUUUGAAGGAAGAAACCACAGUCCACUUCAUGUUGCCUGAAAACCUCUCUUUAUAUAAUCCUAAAGUCCUGACACUGCUUGAGGAACAAGGAAGGAGGGAGAAAAGCUCAGAAGUACUUGUUAAUCCAUCUUUGGGAAGGAGCAAAGACAGACCACAGGGGCUUCCCAUACAGCUGCAGUCUGCUCACUCCGAAACCGCCCAAGACCAGUUAGAGCUCAAAUACAUCCAACACUUCUGGGGCCUCCCAUAUCUGCACAGUGAGUCCUUGAGUACUACCACCAGCACCUCAGCUCGCUGUUCCUCAACUUACAUCUACUUCAACAGAAUCUCAGGUCCCUCCAUCCUUACUCACUCCACUCUUCUGCCCUCGCCGAAGAGUCAAACACAGACCUUGCCUCAAACUGUGACCCAACCUCAGUCCCAAAUUGUCCCUCCUGCAAAGUCCCAGGGCCAGCCUCAACUUCCAACGCCAGUCCUCCAACCUUCUCAAGCCCAGCUUCAGAUCUCUGGACUGUAUCUUCACAGACACCAGGAUGAGGCACAGUCUCUGGGGACAUCUGAAAUCCAACACUUAGAAUACAAUAUCUUACCAAAAAAACAGGAAGGGGUGUGGGGUUUACCCACUGUGGUCAAAAGCUCCCAGGAAGAAUUUUGCUGCUCAUCGUCGGAGCUCUCAUUGGUCACUGAGUCCCCCAAGGCCCAAGGUCCCAGGACCAUCUCUCCUGGACACUUCCCCCUCAGUAGUGAACUUCAUCAGAAAGUAGAACAGCACCGUCAAAAGAGGCUCAUCCCACAACACUGGGGCCUUCCCCAGAGGGAUCCUAGGUGUCAAUCACGGAUGGAUCCUCAGGCAGAACUUCCUGAGUCCUCCAAGUCUGGGAUCAGCUACGGGAACUCAGGUAGCUCUUUCUUUAAGCACCAGGACAGUAAAGACCUAUACAAUGUUGUGUUGAACCAGGCUACAAGCUUCCAGGAGAAGCACUCAGAGACCUCCCCUCUAGAAGAGGAAGUGGGGAAGGCACAAAGACAUAGUCCAGAGAGUGACCCACAUCAUCUAUGGAGUGACAACAGGGGGAUACCAUAUAACCAUCUGGGCUUUGAUUCUGAGAGAAACUUAGAACAUCAUUCAGGGAGUUUGUCAGACAAACCUUCAAGGACCUCGCAGGAAAGCCAGGAUCAUAAAGAACUCGAAACUGCCCUGCAAGGAAAAGUGAAUUGUCAUCUUAAAGAAGUUAAGGAGGGUCAGAUCCCUGGAACUAUGUCCAGACCAAUGCCUCGGCCUUUGGGCAGGGAGGGACAAAAGGCCCAGAGUCAGACAUCUUCUGAUAACAAGGAUGAGUGUUUAAAGAACACGUGUAGAAUGACAAGUGGCAGACAGCCUGUUUUGCAACAGUCACGCAGUGUCAUCAACAAA